UGUUGCGUACCCGGCGAACGAGGACCCAUCGGAGAUACUGGCCUGCCGGGUUUGCCAGGUAAUCCGGGCCCUGACGGAGCACCAGGCCGACCAGGCGCCACACCGAACGCAUCAUGUAUUCCGGAACGAGUCUUCGAACCACCACCAUGUCUACCGUGUCCGCAAGGGCCUCGCGGCUUGCCGGGACAUCCUGGAUUCCCAGGUGAUCCUGGAGAUGCAGGCAUUGCCGGACGACCUGCAUCUAGAGUGACUCUCAGGAACAAGACUGGAUGGUCUCCCAGGAAAGCCAGGCGAAGACGGUCCACCAGGCCCGCCUGGUCCAGUNGGCCACCUGGUCAUAGAGGCGCCAACGGAGAGGAUGGCUACCCAGGACCGCCGGGCGAAAAAGGCUGGCCCGGUCCACCUGGACCACCGGGACGUAUUGGUCUAGCUGGUGCACCAGGCCCAAUGGGAGAAGAGGGCCCGUCCGGUAAGUUCAUAUUUUAG